ACUCCUGAACUUGCCGACACAGUCAUUCUCUAGAUUUCAACCUCUCUCUAAAUUACGCUUCGGGUGCUCGCUUCCCGUAUUCAUUUCUCUUCGGUCUAAAAGAUGGCAGAAGAAGAGGAAAUCGCAGUGUACGAUGAGGUGGAAAUCGAGGACAUGACCUUCGACGAGACACUCCAGAUUUACCACUACCCAUGUCCAUGUGGUGAUCGAUUUGAGAUUGCGCUCGUAGACCUUCAAGACGAGUCAACCGAUAUUGCCGUAUGUCCUAGCUGUAGCUUGAUGAUACGGGUCAUCUUUGAUCAGGAUAACCUGCCUCGGCCACCAGAAGAUCCUGAGCCAGAAAAUACCGAACAGCAACAACAGCAAGUUCCUAUCGCCGCGUGAACACCUUACACAGACUCUCGGACAGUGAAAGAGAGAGACAAACACCGAAGCGUCUAUUCAUGCGCUAUGGCGCGCACUACAAGAGGAGAGAAUUCUCCAGUGCCACGGGACAUUAUUGCAGACUCCAUCGUGGUUUCGGUCGGCGCUCAAGGCCAUACCAUCGUCGCCGUCCAUGUGCGAUGCACACAUGGCCCUGUAUCUGCCCUGCAGAAGCGACAAUAGCUCUGUAGUGGCUCACUACAGGUACCACCAAACCUAGGAAGGCAAGCCAUGAAGAUAUUGA